CCAUUACCAACUAUUACCUAUCGCAUCUCUAUCCCUUGCAUCACUCGUUUACUACAGCUCUUACGCAGCUCCAAGGCCACUAUGACUACCAGGUACCGCGUCGAAUGUGAGACUGCCCUCUCACAUCGAUGCCCUCAAGGUGUGCUGAUCCAUUCCGUCACAUACCUCUAUUUGCUAACCUCCCCAGUCUCACCGAAGAGACCAGCUGUUCAGGGCCUGCUUGCUGUCCCGUUUGUCCUCCAUUCUCAGCCGACGGCCGUCCAGGAGGAGGACGCCACCAAGCUCGCCGCGGUUGCUCAUGAUACGCACCAGCGUUACGCCGAGAUCUUCUCGGACGUCGAGCGCCUCUUAAAUGACCAUAUUGACCACGAGCUCAGCGGUGCCGCUGGCAAGUCCAAGCUCAAACUGCUCGUCCCCACUGUCGGGACGUUCUUCACGCGUCUCUACCUCAGAGAGGCUUUCGACUACCAGGAUAGGCAGCGGUUCAUCAGCAGACGCCGUUUUGUGGCGCCCUCAUUCAACGAUGUCCGAUUGAUCCUCAAUUCCGCGCAGUUACUCGGUCUGGUGCAUACGAAGGGCCUCGAGCUCGUUACGUUCGAUGGAGACGUAACUUUGUAUGAUGAUGGGGCUAAUCUUAAUGCUGAUAGCCCCGUCAUCCCACGAAUCAUCCGCCUCCUUCAACAAGGCAUCAAGGUAGGGAUCGUAACUGCGGCAGGAUAUACCGACGAGGCCAAGUAUUAUGAACGACUGCAGGGGCUGCUUGAUGUCAUGCGCGAUGCCUCUGAUCUUACUGACGAGCAACGGUCCGCACUAAUUGUCAUGGGCGGCGAAAGCAAUUAUCUUUUCCGUUAUGACGCUUCCUCUCCACACCGGCUCACCUACGUCCCGCGCGAGAAUUGGGUGAUUGGCGAAAUGGCCACCUGGGAAGAGGAGGAUAUUACACAACUACUAAACAUCGCCGAGUCGUCUCUCCGCGCUUGUGUCGCGAACCUGAACCUACCAGUCUCCGUCCUCCGUAAAGACCGUGCGGUCGGCGUUUUCCCCAAGAACAGAGGCCGCCUAUCCCGCGAACAGCUAGAAGAGACCGUCCUCGUGGUCCAAAACACGGUCGAAAGGUCCCAAGUCGGAUCGCGGCUCCCAUUUUGCGCAUUCAACGGUUGCUCCCCCUUCUUUGUGUCCCAUUAUCUCCGUCACCAUCCUCCCAGAAGGAAAUAUAAACCGCCUAUUCAGCCCUGUAUGCUAAUUUCAAUCACACAACCAGGUGGCAAUGAUGUCUUUGUCGACAUCGGCGACAAGUCCUGGGGUGUUCGCGCCUGUCAGCAGUACUUUGGCGGCAUUGACCCGUCAAGAACACUCCACGUGGGCGAUCAAUUCUUGUCUGCUGGUGCGAAUGAUUUCAAGGCUCGUCUGGCUUCUACCACUGCCUGGAUCGCUAGUCCGGCUGAGACGGUGCAGUUGUUGGAUGAGUUGGACACGAUCCAGAAAGUUCUAGCGUGA